AUGGUUGAAACUUUUCCAAGGUUAUAUGAGAUAUCUAAUAUCAAACAUUGCUCCCUUCUCAAACUUUAUGUUCCUGUUGAUUCUGGAUGCCAUUGGAACUUCGGUAUCUCCUACAGACGUUUAUACGAUGCUGAGAUUGCUGAAUUUACUGUUUUGACUCCAAUUCUUAACAAUGUAGUCUUUUCUCCCGAUGAAGAUGACGAGCUUGUUUGGGUUGGUGAAUCUUCAGGAGCUUUCUCAGUUAAUCAUCCUACCAUUGACAAUCUGCAGCGUAGAAAUUGCGCUUUGUCUGUUUUUGGAGGCUCGUCAGCAACAAAUUUAUGUUCUCUGUGCAAUAAUGUGUUGGAAUUUGGUACUCACCUCUUCUGGAAUUGUCGGUUCACUCAUCAAGUUUGGGCUUACUUUUUCGCUCAAGAAAGUAUGCAGUUUCCUACUUUCUCAUCCCUGUUAAAUUUGUUUAAGAAUAAAUGGUCAUCUGUGGCCACUCAAAAUGAUGGGAAGGAGAUAUGGAAGAGGAUCCCUGCCAGCGUUUGUUGGAACGUUUGGAACGAGAGAAAUGCCCGCACUUUUAAUGGCAAGAAACGCACUGUGGAGGCUAUCAUUGCUGAUUCUAAAAUCAGCGCUUUUCAUUGGGCUGCUAAGAAUUUAACCUAUACAAAUCUUUUGCAUCAUGAUGUGAUUUCUAACUGGAGAGGUCUGUUCUUUGACCCUCCCUAG